AUGACCUCACUUGUUAAUGCUGUUGGGAGAGAUUUAGCUUCACAUUUGAAGACUUUGAUGGGACCAUGGUGGUUUGCACGAUUUGAUCCAGCUUAUGAAGUUUCUCAGGCAGCAAAAAGUUUGUCUGACAAAGCUGUUGCCGUGGAUGAGUUGAAAGAGAUGUACCGACAGGAGAUAUCAUCAAUGUUAUUGGCAUUAGCCUCUCUUCUUGACGUUUUAAUUUUCCCACAACAAGAGCAACCUGCUUCGGAGAAUAUAACUACUGAACCUAAGCAUGCAUCAAGACCAUUUCACAAUGAUUAA